AGCGUUCUAAUGGUUUAAACCAGAGAUUCAAAACCGAAACAUGAAAACAAUCGUUCUGUUUUGGUUACUCGUUGAAAUUAAUUUACAAUGGCAAAUUAGGAUUGUAAAAGCCCAGCAUUUUACUAAUACACCGCCUUCCGAUUACUAUCACCGAAAAUCGUUGGCAGAUUGUCCCAGCCGCUUCUAUGCUAAUCGUGAUCGAUAUAAUACAAAGUUUGUAUACAGUGGAGAACGAGCCUUUCGCGGUGAAUUCCAGCACAUGGCAGCUGUAGGGUGGACGACAGCAAAAGGUGUCGAAUAUUUAUGUGGAGGAACACUGAUAGCUCCAAAGUUUGUGUUAACAGCAGCACAUUGCUCAAUAAAUAGCGAUGGGAAGCAACCGGACACCGUUCGGCUAGGGGAUACUGACCUAAGCAGCACUGAGGAUGACGAAUUUGCACAACAGAUCAAAAUUCGAACAUUCAAAAAACAUCCACAGUACAGGCCAAGCCAAAAAUAUUUCGACAUUGCAUUGAUUGAACUUGAAGAGUCAGCCAAGAAUUCGGAAGCCGUCUGUAGUGCCUGUUUGUGGUUGGAAAAGAAGGUUCCUUCGGAAACUUUGAAUGCCGUUGGUUUCGGCGCAUUAGGAUUUGCUGAAAAGUUAAGCCCGACUUUGCAAAAGGCGAAGUUGGCUGUUUUUAACAAUUCACAUUGUUCAGAUCGCAUACCUUCAGGUUCGCGGUCGCUACCAAGGGGACUUCUAGAAGAACAGUUUUGUGCAGGUGGCGGGACCAUGGACACUUGCGAGGGAGAUUCCGGAGGGCCGAUCCAAACCGAAAGGCCUGACGCCGACCAUUCAGAAGGCCCCUUAAUAGUCGGUGUCGUAUUGUUUGGAACACCAUGUACCGAAGGAUCUACUGGAGUGUACACUCGCGUGGUCUCCUACCGAGAUUGGAUACAAAAUGAAACCAACAAGAGUUUUAGCUAUUUGGACUGUGUACGAAAUUCAGAAUGUUUUCACAGGAAAAUAGUAACGAUUGGUAUAAGUUAUCCACCUACUCUUCCUGUCUUUAGGGUGACUCUACACUGGUUUGAAAGUGGAUAUUCUCAAUACCACUGUGGAGCAACCCUAAUCGAUUACCGUUUCGCCAUCACGUCUGCCUCAUGCGUAAGUGCACAUUCCUUGCUUCCUGGCUACAUAAUGUCAACAUUGAGUCAAGAAAAGAUAGCAGUAGAAAAUGUUUAUAUUCAUCCAGAAUAUAGAAAUGGAGAUAGACCGGAAAAUGACAUCGCCUUAGUGAAGUUGGCUAUGUAUUUGAUUGCCGAAAAAGAACUCCUUCCGGCCUGCUUAUGGAGAGACUCUGAGAUUAAAGAGCAGUCUGGUAAACUGUACUACGCGGCAGACACUAGAGAGUUUUGGAUACGUGAUCCUUCUCAGUUGAACAAUCGUCAGCAAUUGACUAUUGAGAGUAACCUAACUGACAAUGGACGUUGCACUGAUCCUCUACAACAGCGACGAAAUCUGCUCUGUUCAAGCAAUAAAAUAACGCUCAUUCCAUCGGUUUGCCAGAUGGAAUAUGGAGGGCCGAUUUCAAACAUUGCGACUAACCGUUUUUUGCCGUAUCUCUACGGUGUGGUAUCGAAUCUAAGCACAGGAUGUGGUGAAGAUUUAGUGGGGACCAGAAUAGAUCCCCACAUAGGUUGGCUCGAAAGUAUCGUGCUCGAUCAUACCCACGAUCGGUUAAUAUUUACGCCUUAAUGUGAAAUUAUUUUGCAUAGAAUUAAAUGAAACUUAUAUGUAAACAUGUUCACCCUGCAGGAAAAACAUACUUCCGGUAUGAUUUUUUUAAUUACCGCCCCACGGGGUGACUUAGUGCCAAAAACCAACAAUGUUUGUUUGUAAAAAUAGACUAGAUCUAUGUAUACUGAUGGCUCAAAUUCAAUAUGAUUGUAAACAUAACAUAUUUAAUCCUAACGUGGAAUGGAACACAAAUAAUAUUAGCGAACAGUUUUGCUUAAAAAGGGUUUCAAACUUUUGGGUUAAAAAUGCUAGGAAAAAACGUUGACAAUAAAUGUCCCAUAUAAACAGAUCCAAACGAGAAAUCGCAUCAACUUGCUAUUCUGAAGAUAGAUAAAGUAUUCAUUUACAAUAUAUAGCUCCACGAGAUGGGGAUACCCUAUAUGGCAUAAAGACAUUUGGCAUAAUGCUGUUUGGCAUAAAUCCAUUUGACAUCACGGUCAUUUGGCAUAAUUAUCACUUGGCUUAAUGGUUAUUUGGCAUAACGACAUUUUGACAUAAUUGAUAAUCUAGCCAGAUUUUGUUGUUUGGUGCUUCGUCGCCUCACAAAGAAAGAGUGAUCCGUCCUUACUCGCUAUCGCUCGUUCGGACCCAACUGAAGGAAAGAACUAGAGGUCAUCAAACCUAGGAAAACAAAUAAACCUAGACAGAAGUGAUAUCUGCACCUGAUACAAUAUCUGAUGCAAUAAAAACGAGUGAAAAGAUAAAAAAAAAACUUUCUCAACAUCCUGCCUAAGUAAAUCAAAACACCACAUCAGCCCUACUUUCUAACCACAGAUGCCCUACUUUCUGCCAACAGCAAAAAUGUUGUCAUACUUUAUAUGAUGAGAUGAUUUAUGUGAAAAAUAUUUAAGAAAACAUGAUAACUGCUAGAAAAAAAUGUAAUCAACAGAAUGCUACAUCAUUUAGGAACUAUAAAAGGAUCUUUCCGAAUGCAGCAACUUGUAUAUGGCCGCAAUUGUAAGAUGUACAAUUUACUGCGGAUUUUGACGCCGCCUGGUGACAAACUCAUAAAAUGCUAUCCCCCAUACGAAAGGUCUUAAUCUACUGAUUAACUUUGCUGAAGACAGUAGCUUUCUAUAUAGCCUGGAUUCCGAGAUAUUCCGAGAUAAAGAGUGUUGUACAAAAUACAACGCGCGAGUAUCCGUGUUACAAAAGUUGGCGCGAGUAACG